AUGGCCUUGUUGAAUGCUGAUUGCACCCAAGUGAUUUGUAGUUUCUUGUACAUGAGAGAAUAUAUUCCUCUUCAAUUGGUAAACUCUGUUUUCUAUCGUGGAGUAAAACAGCAUUGUGCACUACAGAACUCAUUUUACAUGACCAAACAUUUGAAAUUUCUCAUUGAAACGGCUGGCAAAGAUCGUGAGAUUUGUUUAUCAAAACUACGACAAGGAGUUUUCUAUGAAAGGGCAAGCAAACUCUGUAUAUCCAAACAAUUGAAAAAUUUGAUUACGAGUUUAUUUGUCAAUGCACAAAAUAUUUACUUUUCCGAUGUAGAAUUAUCCAUGGAUUUUAUUACACUCAUGUUUUGUGAUGUCAAAAGGAAAAAAAAACAAUCUCAAUCAACAACGGAUGAAGAAUUAUCCUUUAAAAAUCAAAGUGUAUUUGAUUUGGUGAACAAGUUAACAUUUGUUGGAUGUCGAUUCAAUGCUGGAGUGAUGGAAUGGAUUUCUAAAAAAUUCAGGGCAUUGGAAAGUCUUUGUGUAUCGAAUUGUACGUUUGACAAUUAUCCUUCUCGUACCUCUUUUCCCAUUGCAGAGCUGUAUUAUUUUGUCAAUGAAAGAAAAUGCUCUUGUUAUGACUCUUUGAGAUUUAUUUGGUUGGACUCACUAUUUCUAAACGCUUCUAUUUGUAUUAAUUUAUCUAAAGCGUCUGAAACAGAGAAAGUUUAUCUCAACCAAUUCCUAGACAUGUCUGAAAAUAGUAUCAAACAAUAUGAAGAUUAUAGUAAUGCUUCACCGAGAGACUUUGAAGAUUUGAAAGCCUUUGAAAGCCUCAUUCCAGAUCACAUUAAGUUAUCAGACUGUACCUUCUUUUUCAUGUCUGAGAGAUUGGAAAAAUGUCUCAAUAUGUUUGGAAUAUUUCAUGAAGCUUAUGUAGAUUUAUGUCAAUGUUUUGGGUUGGUGAAGGGUCAUGGAUUUACUGAUGUCAUGACAUAUGAAGAGCCUAAAGUAGCGAAUAUUGAAUAUGUAUUGAAUAUGGGACUUCACUUGUUUGAUGUUGAAAUUCCUCCUCAAUUAAUGGCUGUUAUUAUUGUGUUUCAUUAUGACAAUUCAGACAUGUUGCAUCUAUUGAAGAGCUUUGAUAUUACAAGUCCAUUACUUGAUAUGGACUCAUAUGACAUGAAUCACUUGGUGUAUUUGACUCAAGUUGCGGGUAAUGUUAUAGCAUUGGCCAAGCAUUUCAAUGUUCUCACUAAUGGAUUCAAAGCUUUCUUUACUGAGUUUUUUGUCACUAGAAAUUUAGCAAUGGCAGACGUGUUUGUGAAUUCUUGCUCUUUCUGGUAUAACUUUAAUCAUGGCUCCAUUCCACACGGCAUUCAAGAAGUGAUAGAUUUUGUUUGUGAAAGCAAGAAAUUAAGUUCUAGUGCUGCGCACACUGUCAAUUCUUGGAAGCAAAGAACCACAAUACUCAACGCUUCAACAUGUGCAGAGGACGAGCAGGAUGUAAACCCUGCUCUAAAAAAGAGAAAACAAGAAUGA